CACACACACAGAGAGGAGAAUAGUCGACGUUGAAUAGCCUGACUGUUUGUCAUACACAAACACUUGAUACCAGACAUUUAUUUGUUUUGGAAAGUAUUUUUCACUUUAAAGCCUUCGACCGGAUUUUUGGGACAAGAGUGUGUGUGUGUGUGUGUGUGUGUGUGUGUGUGUGUGUGUGUGUGUGUGUGUGUGUGUGUGUGUGUGUGUUAAGUCCACUAAUUACACGGGUGGAACUGUAGAACUUCACUUCCUGUACAUUUUGGAGCCUUCAUGCUAACAGUGUCUCACAGCAUCACCUCAUCAUAAACUCAUGCCUUGAGUUGUUACUGUUGUGAUUAUCGUGUCACUCAUUAAAAAAUGGACAGUGAUGUUUUAUGACAUCAUUUUCUGAAGGAUCUGCAAAGUGAAUGUGUAGUAAAGAGCUGACUGGUGAAAUACACGUUGUAAAUUAGCAGGCUAGCACAAUACAGGAAGUAGUGGUGUUGUGUUGUUGCCAUGCCAAUCCUGAAGCAGCUGAUCUCAGGUCCGUCCGCGUCAAGGCACCGCUCUCAUGCUGACCUGACGGUGGAGAUGAUUAGCGCACCUCUUACUGAUUUCCGCCACACCAUGCACAUUGGCCGUGGGGGAGAUGCCUUUGGAGACACGUCUUUCCUCAGCAGGCAACACGAAUCAUCUAGUCAGGUGCAAAAGAAUGGCAUUCUGCCACAGAGGUUUAAAGGAAGUAAACGUUCACAGUUUAAAAGAAACUCCAGUGCUACGAGCUACAUGCUCCAGGCUAACAGUGCUGUCUCCCUUCCUUAUGUCAGAGAACAUCAGGAUGUGACACUCCACCGUCCACAAAGCACCUCCUUAAAUUUUACAGAUAUGAACGGAAAAACUACAGUGAUGAGUAGGUGGAGCUUAGAAGUAGAGAAGCAGCAUUUUAGGGAGCCCAGUGAGCUCACCAUGUUCACACCACCCUCUAGUAGAGGAAUGAAACAUGCAGAGUCCAUGCUGUCCUUCCACAUCGACCUCGGACCCUCCAUGCUCGGAGACGUCCUCGGUGUCAUGGACCAGACUGAGCAUGACCAGAUGGACCUCACAGAAGCUCAGAGGCAGGGCAGGAAGGUGUCGUGCCCCAUCAAGGGUGUGUUCAAGUCCAGCCCUGGAUUAAAGGAGGAGAAAACACAAAAAACACAUGACAGUGAGACAUGUAGCCCGACAUACAGCUUUAACAUCAACGAUAAAGACUUCCUUUUCAUGGAUGAAGAUGAGGAUGAGAUUAGAGUUUAAACAAGAUCUCCACCACCGAAUUGAUGCAUCUCCAUGAGCUACUUUGUGUGGACGUUUAAGUGCUGAGGAGCAUUAAAGUGAAGUGACUUUGCCAUUCGCCAUAGCUAGAAAAACUUCACAUUGAAUCUCAUGUGAAUGAGUAAAUGACGUCAUUUGGAGGCGGAGUCUGCGCAGUAGAGACUCGUUUGGAGGCGGAGCCUUCGUAGUAAUGUUGUGAGGCGAAGCCGCAGCAUCAAACUCCCACCCAAACUCCCGCAGACCCAAUCAACCAUAACGACACGCCCCGUAUUUAUAGCAUCAAAUUACUAGCUGAAAUCGAACGUAUCACAAAAACGAACAAUUGAACACAUAUCAGCGUGAUAACAGCUACGUUAAAUGACCAAAGCCAUCGUUUGGAAAAUUGUAUUGAACGUGUAAUUUAUUUUUUUUAUUACAUCUCAAGUCCCAUUCGUUUCCAUGGAGAGGGCGGAUUUAUGACCUGUACUGCUAUACAAUUUAGGAGCGUCCUAAUCGAGACACACCUGGUAUAAGUGCACUGCGUUACAGUUUCCACACACAGUCCACACAAACACUGGACAACGGGCGUACAUAAUAUAGACAUUAUAGCCUACAUGUAAUAUAGACAUUAUAGCCUACAUAUAGUAUAAUAUAGACAUUAUAGCCUACAUAUAGUAUAAUAUAGACAUUAUAGCCUACAUUUAGUAUAAUAUAGACAUUAUAGCCUACAUAUAGUAUAAUAUAGACAUUAUAGCCUACAUAUAGUAUAAUAUAGACAUUAUAGCCUACAUACAGUAUAAUAUAGACAUUAUAGCCUACAUACAGUAUAAUAUAGACAUUAUAGCCUACUGUACAUGUAAUAUAGAGCGGCUCAUUUUAACAGGCUACACCACUGUUAAAGCCAAAUUCCUUUAACAAUUUAAUAGAAAAAAACCACAAUAUGCCACUAAGGCCAAAUAAUGACAAACAGAAUGAUUAAUUCAUUACAUUAGUAAUUGUUAUAGAUCUAAACUGACUAUAAACAAACGACUCUUACAUUUCCUUGCGGUUGGUGAAAUGUCAGAAAAUGUGAUGUUAUGGUGUCUAAUAUUCUUGUGUUGCACACUUUGCAUCGGGCAAAUCUUUUUUUAUUGGCACAGUUCAAAGUCCUUAUAGCCAGUCGAGAGUAUUUGUGGAGCUCGACGACUGUCUGCUACUGUAUGUUUGAUGCAGUUUAAAUUGUGCUGUGUUAAAGUCACAGACGCUGAUUAGUGGUGCUGACGUCACAAUAAUCACUUUAAAAUGAAUUUUAUUGCUGUUUGUUUAUUAUAAGUUCAAGUCAUUGUCGAGUCUUCCACUUCAAGUCAAGUCUGAAGUAACUUGCUCUCAAGUCAUCUUAAUACUUUAAUCAAGCAAGUCGCAAGUCCUGAAAAUUGUGACUCGAGUCAGACUCGAGUCAAGUCAUGUGACUCAAGUACCCCACAGUUUUAAUUGGUGGUGCUAAGAUUCUAAAGAUUUCAAAUGUUCAGUGCAACAAAG